AUGUAUGGGACAUCACUGCCAGGUGCUCCACUACAGGCUGUCAAGGGCCACCUGCCAGGUGCUCCACUACAGGCUGUCAAGGGCCACCUGCCAGGUGCUCCACUACAGGCUGUCAAGGGCCACCUGCCAGGUGCUCCACUACAGGCUGUCAAGGGCCACCUGCCAGAUGCUCCACCACAGGCUGUCAAGGGCCACCUGCCAGAUGCUCCACUACAGGCUGUCAAGGGCCACCUGCCAGAUGCUCCACUACAGGCUGUCAAGGGCCACCUGCCAGAUGCUCCACUACAGGCUGUCAAGGGCCACCUGCCAGAUGCUCCACCACAGGCUGUCAAGGGCCACCUGCCAGAUGCUCCACCACAGGCUGUCAAGGGCCACCUGCCAGGUGCUCCACUACAGGCUGUCAAGGGCCACCUGCCUGCAGUGUUCCUUAAUGUUGACCUUUAG